GUUUGGAUUAGUUGAUCAAAUGCUUACAGUACUAAUUAAAACACAUGUUUUGUAAAUUUAUAUUAUAGAUUGCUUUGGAUGUUUCAGCCAUUCAGAGCACGUAAUUCACCUUCUGUAUACGACAGUGAGCGAGUACCUCAGCCACUUAACAGUGUUCUCUUCAUCAACCUUUCUCUCUUUUCAAUGAAAUUCACAACGGACUAAAUAAAGACUGGUAAUGAUUAGAAAACAAAUCUAUAGGUAUAUUACAGGCAUAUUGUAUACCAUUUCCUUGCUUCUGUGGUGAUGAGUCCAACCGUAACUUCUGCAUUAAUGCAGUUUUUUGCUUUUCGAGAAGUUUUUAUUUUCAUUAUAAACUACAGCUCUUGUGUGGAGGUGUUCCAUACAUGACUGCUGCAUUUCACCACAUUGUAUUAGACAUGUUAAUGCAAAGAGUGCAGACUCAGGAAUCUCAGUCAUCAGUUAUCUGCAGGUUAAAGUCAGUGGUAAAUUAGUGCUGCAAAUGGAGCCUCAUGACUGCUGACUCGUGAUUCUAAUCUGCAGGGACAAAGUUUGAGGUUCUGGACUUUGAAAGGAGUCCUUCCAGAGAGCAAGGCAGGAGUGGCUUUGUGCAGAAAUGGCAGCAAACACUUCUCCUCUGGAAGCAGAGCUUUCCUGUGCUGUGUGCUGUGAGAUUUUCAAGGAUCCCGUAACUCUUCAUUGUAACCACAGCUUCUGUAAAGCAUGUCUGGAUCUGUGCUGGAAAGAGAAGAGAGCUCGGGAGUGUCCCAUAUGCAGGAGGAGGAGUUCAGUGGAGGAUCUUCCACUCAAUUUUGCUCUCAGGAAUAUUGUGGAGUCCUUCUUAAAGGAACGCAGUCAGAAUCCUCCAGCACCUACUGGAAUACUCUGCAGUCUGCAUGAUGAGAAACUGAAGCUGUUCUGUGUGGAUGAUAAAGAGGCUGUCUGUCUUGUGUGUCAAACUUCAAAGAAACAUGAGAAUCACAAGCUCCGUCCUGUUCAGGAGGCUGCACAGGGUUAUAAGGGAGAACUCAAGACUGCGCUGAAGCCCUUGCAGGACAAGCUGGAAUCAUUUAAUAAAGUUAAAAACGAAUGUGAUAAAACAGCAGAGCACAUCAAGAAACAAGCCCAGCAAACAGAGAGGCAGAUAAAGGAGGAGUUUGAGAAACUUCACCAGUUUCUACGAGAUGAAGAAAAGGCCAGGAUAGCUGCACUGAGGAGGGAAGAGGAACAAAAGGGAAGAAUCAUGAAAGAGAAGAUUGAAAAACUUACAAGAGAAAUCUCAUCCCUUUCAGACACAAUCAGAGUGAUAGAAGAGGAGAUGGAAGCUGAAGACAUCUUCUUCCUGCAGAAGAACAAAGACACACAGAGAAGAGCCGAGUGCACACUGCAGGAUCCACAGUGUGUUUCAGGAGCGCUGAUAGAUGUAGCCGAGCACCUGGGCUCUCUGAAGUACAAAGUGUUGGAGAAGAUGCUGGGGAUUGUUCAAUACACUCCGUUGACUCUGGAUCCCAACACAGCACACCCUGAACUGAUACUGUCUGAGGAUCUAACAAGUGUGAGACUCGGCGACGAGUGGCAGCAGCUUCCUGACAACCCGGAGCGGUUUGAUAACUAUACUGGUGUGCUGGGCUCUGAGGGGUUCACUUCAGGGAAACACUGCUGGGACGUGGAACUGGGGAGUAAUACUUACUGGUAUCUGGGUGUGACUGAAGAGUCCAGCCAGAGGAAAGGGGAAUUCACUUGGAACCCAGAAGCAGGAUACUGGAUUAUAUCUCUGGAGGAUGGGGAUCAGUACUGGGCAUUGACCUCACCACUGACACGACUCACUGUGGAGAAGAAACCCCAGAAGAUCAGAGUUCAGCUGGACUGUGACAAGGGGGAGCUGGCAUUCUUUGACUCCAGUGAUAUGAGAAAACCUCUCUACACUUUUAAACACAGAUUUACUGAGAGAAUGUUUCCAUGGUUCUGGACUGGCUGUUCUGCUCCUCUCAGAGUGUGCCCUGUGAAGACAGUUAUAAAAGUGGACUAGCCCAAUGUGUUCAGCAUAAACAAUAGGGAUGAAUAAUAAUAAUAAUAAUAAUAAUAAUAAUAAUAAUAAUAAUAAUAAUAAUAAUAAUAAUAAUGACUGUCUGUCUAUUAAUAUUGAAAAGGAACUGAAACAUUUUAAAUAGAAAAUGAUGAUCAAUGUGACAAAUGUAAGGAUGUUUAGAAAACUAUUAAAUAUAUUCUAACAGAACAUGUUCACCCUCCUCCACCCCUCUCCCUCGUCACGUGACGCCGGUGUUUGAUCUUAGCGCCUCGAAUCCAUGUAGAAAUACAAUUACAAAAACUAGAACAUGAACUGGUUAAAGAACAACACUGAAUAAAGAAUAUGCGUUCUGGAAUAAUAUUCAAUUAAACACAAUGCUCUAUUGAUGUGUUAUACCAUCUACAGCUUUGCAAGCUCUGUAAAUAAUAACUCCCUCAAUGCUGAAUGAAUGAAUGAAUAAUGAUUGCUGGGCUGGUCCGCGGCGUUGUUGAAUCGAUCAGGAUAUUGUAUCAUUUAAUUGGUAAAUGUAUCGCUGUAAUAACUUGGAAGCUGCACAUUGUGAUCGUGUGGAUGUGUGUCUUUUGUGGUCGCUGUGAAACGGUCCCGCAAAUCACUGCUCCCGGAUCACAAAGGAUCGGUUCACUGCCCUCCCUUUGAUUUAAUGAAUGAUUUUUUUUUAAAAUAAUAAAAAGUAUAUAUUUUAAUUUGGACCUCGUGUGGGGUGUCUGUCCAUCUCCGUGUGGAUCUCGCUCACAGCAGCUGUGUGAAGGAAUCCGAAAGCAUUCGCAUACGAAGUUAAGGGAGUACUGACAGGUCACUGCCACCAGGGGGCGCAGUGCGGUUAGGAAAGUUAGUGAGGCGGCGCUUGGCGGUGACGCGCGUCUCCAGGUGUAGAGAAGCCACUCCGUG